AUGGGGAAGCCAUCCGCUGAAGAGAAGGUACGGCUGCCGAAACACCGCAGACCUCUCACAGCCCGGCCGGAAAGCGCCACGGCUUCCGUCGAGGCCCUGGGUCCUGUGGGCCUUUCCCUUGUAGCGUGGGAGACCCCGACCCGCUGGGAUGAUGAGUUAACGUGCAGAACCCCACAUAGUCGCCAUUUUCCCAAACGUCCAAAGCAUUCACUUAUAGUAGAAGCAAAAUUUGAUGGAGAGCAGUUGGCUACUGAUCCUGUGGACCAUACUGACCAGCCAGAAUUUGCUACUGAGCUAGCCUGGGAAAUUGAUAGGAAAGUUCUUCAUCAGCACAGGUUACAGCGUACUCCAAUCAAACUCCAGUGCUUCGCCUUGAAUCCUUCAUCUUCAGCCAAAGAAAUUAUAGGUUACAUUGUUCUGGACUUAAGAACUGCUCAAGAAACAAAACAGGCACCAAAAUGGUACCAGUUGCUGAGUAAUAAAUACACCAAGUUCAAGUCUGAGAUACAGAUAAGUAUCACUUUGGAAACAGAUACAAAAGCACCAGUGGAUAGUUUUAAAGCAAAGGGGGCUCCUCCUCGAGAUGGAAAAGUGCUUGCUAGCCUCCCUGGACUUGACCCGAAGGACAUUGUAGCGGUGCUGAAUGAGGAGGGAGGUUACCACCAGAUUGGGCCAGCAGAGUAUUGUACUGACUCCUUCAUUAUGUCAGUGACCGUAGCCUUUGCCACCCAGUUGGAGCAGCUAAUUCCAUGUACCAUGAAACUUCCAGAAAGACAACCUGAAUUUUUCUUUUACUAUUCUUUACUGGGAAAUGAUGUCACAAAUGAACCCUUCAAUGAUUUGAUCAAUCCAAACUUUGAGCCAGAGAGAGCAUCUGUUCAUAUUCGCAGCAGUGUAGAAAUGCUUCGUGUUUACUUGGCUCUUCACUCUAAACUACAGAUCCAUCUCUGCUGUGGAGACCAGUCUCUGGGCAGUACAGAAAUACCUUUAAGUGGAUUGCUGAGAAAGGGCAGCACAGAAAUCAACCAGCGCCCUGUCACAAUUGAGGGAGCUUUUACCCUUGACCCACCAAAUCGAGCUAAACAAAAGCUUGCACCUAUUCCUCUGGAUCUGGCCCCAACUGUGGGAGUGUCUGUGGCCCUGCAGAGAGAAGGCAUCGAGUCCCAGUCUUUAAUUGAAUUAAAGACCCAGAAUGGACAUGAGCCUGAGCAUUCAAGCAAGAGAGUUUUAACCCCCGUAAAGGAGAGGACACUUGCUGGACCAAAGUCACCAAGUGUGUCCCCUGCUCCAGCUCACGACCAGACACCUCCAACCAAAGAUGAAGCGACGGAGAGUGAGGUGGAAAGCCUACAGUACGAUAAGGAACGAAAACCAAGUCCCAAGGGUAUUAGCUCUUCUCUACCUGCUUCAGUGGCCCAGCCAGUGGCUCCAUCCAAUGUGUCAGAAACAGCUUCACGACAGAAGAUUGCUGUCCCAGCAACAUCACAUCAUUUUUGCUUUUCCAUAGACUUGAGGAGUAUUCAUGGCUUGGAAAUUGGCUAUCCUGUCAACUGUAUAUUAAGGUACUCCUAUCCAUUCUUUGGAAGUGCAGCUCCUAUCAUGACUAACCCCCCUGUGGAAGUUCGGAAGAACAUGGAAGUUUUUCUCCCCCAGUCUUACUGUGCAUUUGAUUUUGCAACUGUGCCUCAUCAGCUGCAGGACACCUUCUUACGGAUUCCCCUGAUCGUUGAAUUGUGGCACAAGGAUAAAAUGAGUAAAGACUUACUCCUGGGUGUUGCAAGAAUCCAGCUUUCUAACAUCUUGUCUUCAGAAAAAACUCGAUUUUUAGGCUCAAAUGGUGAACAGUGCUGGCGCCAAACAUACAGUGAGAGUGUGCCUGUUAUAGCAGCACAGGGGGCAAAUAACAGGAUAGUAGACCUUUCUUACACAGUGAUUCUAGAAGAUUAUGGACUAGUAAAAAUGCGUGAGAUUUUUGUCUCUGAGUCUUCAUCUCAGGGUUUAUCUACUGUACAGCAGAAGACACCUUCACUUCCUCCAGCACCUUGUCCCUCAGAGGUUCAGCUGGAGCCUCGCGAAACUUUGGAAUACAAAGCAGCCCUGGAGCUGGAGAUGUGGAAGGAGAUGCAAGAAGACAUUUUUGAAAAUCAGUUGAAGCAGAAAGAAUUGGCUCAUAUGCAAGCUCUUGCUGAGGAGUGGAAAAAAAGAGACCGGGAAAGAGAAUCGUUAGUGAAGAAAAAGGUGGCUGAAUAUAGCAUUCUAGAGGGAAAACUUCAAAAAACCCUAAUUGAAUUAGAGAAACGAGAGCAGCAGCUGGCCAGUGCAGAAUCCGAGGUUCAAAGGGAGAAAAGGGAACUGCAGUCUGAACGCGAGCGGAACCUACAAGAACUUCAGGACUCCAUCCGUAGAGCCAAAGAAGACUGUGUUCACCAAGUGGAGCUGGAGAGGUUGAAGACUCGGCAGAUAGAAGAGGAUAAACACCGGCUUCAGCAGCAGGUGCUCCAAAAGUUGAUAAAAUUCACUGAUUUAGUUGAACUUGAAAGAAAGUUGGAAUCUGCAACUAAGUCUAAACUCCAUUAUAAGCAGCAGUGGGGACGAGCUUUGAAAGAACUUGCCAGACUUAAACAGAGGGAGCAAGAGAGUCAAAUGGCUCGUCUUAAAAAGCAGCAAGAAGAAUUGGACCAGAUGCGACUGCGUUACCUCGCUGCAGAGGAAAAAGAUACAGUGAAAACUGAGCAACAGGAAUUGUUGGAUAUAAGAAAUGAGUUGAACAGGUUAAGGCAGCAAGAACAAAAGCAGAACCAGGCUUCCAGCGAGACUGCAAGUAGAAGAAUGGGAGGUCCACAGGGCUCCACUGAAGAGGAAGGUUUGGAUGAUUACCUGACUCGCCUAAUAGAAGAAAGGGACACUCUGAUGAGGACGGGUGUGUACAAUCAUGAGGACCGGAUCAUAAGUGAACUCGACCGACAGAUCAGAGAGGUUCUGACUAAAACCAGUGCCAGUAAUUAGCAACAUUGGAAAGUCUCUUCAGAGACUCCAGGUCUAAAUUUUCAUUUCAUUUUAAUAUCGUCAAAAAUAGAGAAAAUAGAUAUUUUUAAAUGCUCCAUUCAGUUUUUAUAAGCUGGAUUUUAUAUAUUACUGUACAGUAUUUAUUUGAUUUCAUUUACUUUAUGCUACCUCUCCCAUGCCGGUUUUAUUUGUAAUCGCAUUUUAUAUACUCAUUUAAAAUGACUCUUCACAGUGUUUCUCAGUUUAAAUGGCUAGCUUUCAGAACAGCUUUUCAUUAAAUUUGUUCUAGGAGAAAUGGCCUCAGUCAUUUCCAGUUGUAGAGUUUUUUAUGUUGAGCCGAAAGAAAAUAUGUUGCACUUUAAAGAUGCUGCGUCUUGUUCCAUUUGAUUGUAGAUAGCAUAAAAACUGAGGCCAGCUAGUCACGUAGCUAUUUUUUAAAAACUCCAUUUUAUGUAACCUGUCUUUUUCCUUGUAUUACUUUGAACGUGUAUUACUUGCAAAAGACAAGCUUGACAACAGCAGUGUCAGUGCAGGGAAGCCAUGUGACAGACUGGGGCAAAGUCAUCAUUUGUUUAAUGCAGUCACAUAGUUUAGGCUUGUCUCAAGAGCUUUUCGAGUCGUCAGAUUUUCAGUGUACUCAAUAAGCCCUGUCAGUCUCCUGCUCAAGACGGCAAUAUUUGCUUUUGGAAUUUUUUUUCCCUUUUCCGGUAAUAGAAAGAUCCUAGCUGUUAAGCCUUCUGUCAUAGAAUAUGGAAACAGACACAAAGGCUUUAGCAAAAAACAAAGAGAAGCAGAACUGGUGCUUGUUUGUUUUUGUUUUUGUUUUUCUUCCUGUAAUAUUAAUCAGUCUUUGAAAAGCACAUGAGCUAUGUCCCUGGGCCCCACAGCGCCGUGUCUGCAUGGAACUGCAGGGCUCCAGCCCCUCAUGUUCUUCAGAGCCACUGUUAGUUCUCAGCGCCACAUUGCACACUUUACACAGAAUUGAAAAAGCUUAUUGGUGAAUUCUCAGAUUAGGUUGGGUCUUCAAAAAUUCGGAUUUCCAAUUAUACAUUUAAGUCUGUACUUUAGGAAGUAUUAUUAGUAUCUACCAUUAACUUUAAUAAAAGCAGAAUAGAUUAUCUAGUAAUGCUAAAUUAAUUUUCUAUUACUUUCAACAAAGUAUAUUUAUUUGGGAAACUAAAGCCCUAUCCUAUUAUAUAUAUAUAAAUAUAUUUUUCCUUUAUUAACAAAGUUUAAUUUUCUAAAAACCUGACAAUAACAGAUAAAGUUACUGAAUGAGAGGAUAAUGAAUCAGCUAAUCAUAGCAGGAAUUUGAAAUAUGAAUUAUGGUUUGACAUUUUUCUCUCGUUGAUUUUAUGCUACAUGAAUCAAACAAAAGUGUUCUUUUUGUUGGACUGUGUGAUGCCUAUAAUGUUCCAAACACUAGAGGGGGCCUUAGAUUUAAAGAAACAGAAAGGACUUUUCUAGAAUGUUUGUGUGGUUUAUUUUUGCCUUCUGGAAAGCUAUCUCUGGCUAUUGUAAUUUAAAAAAUAAAAUCAUAAUUGUAUGCGUAGUUGA